CGAGUUACCCACUUCUCCCCGCAGAAAGCCAUGGCGGUUUCUUCAUCCCUCAGCGGUCCGGGUCCACGCUCACGCUCAAGAAUGGGCGAUACUAUGAGAUCGUCUGUAGACUUGGCUUUGGACGAUACUCGAAUGUUUGGCUCGUUUGUGACUUUGAUCACACGAGCCAAACACAUUUCGCGCUGCCAAGGUGCUCUCAGCGGGGGAUACGAAACUGCGGCCAGCCGGCCUUCACCUAGAGUUCAACAUAUGGGAGAAGGUCGACGCAAGCGCUCGAGGGCUCUGUACACUUCCACUUCUCGAUCAUUUCCUGCAGGAUUCAGAGGCCAGUUGCGGUGACACGGGUCCGCACUCGUGUCUUGUCCUGCCUGUGAAUUCUAUCGAUAUGUCGGAGUAUAGGAAUGUCAGGCCUACCAACGUACUCCUCAGACGGCCCUUCGGAGAUCACGCCAUCGAGAAAUAUUUCUCUGAGAACCCACUCAAGAUAUAUGGCGAGGUCGAACUGCCGCAUGAUGGCGCGGGGGAGCGUUAUCCUGUGUGGGCUACUCAGGCCUUGCCACGUGAUAUACCGCGAGAUACCACACCGAUGCAGGCGGAACUUUUUGGGGCUUAUUUGGUGGAUUACGGACAGUGUCGAUUCGUUGGUUCUCCUCCAGCGGGAGAUAUCGUCACGCACUACACUCUGAGGGCUCCGGAACUUAUGCUCGACGUGAGUUAUGGCACGAAGGUAGAUGUGUGGGCGGUCGGCUGCUUGGUCUUUGAGUUACUCACUGGAGAGUCAUUGUUUGAUCCGAAAUCAUUUAACGGCGGCGACGAUACGGGUACUGGUAAUAGGAAGCUCGAUGACGCUCAUCUUGCGCAGAUGAUGGAUCUUUGGGGGGAACAAUUGUCUGCGGCGUUUCUGGACAAAUCUGCUAUACGAAGUCAGUUCUUCAACGAGCACGGCGAUCUGCUACGCAAACCACGACGCCACAUGCAAACUAUCGAAGCAUGUCUAGCAGCCUGCGCCCAUCUGAGACCCAAACCGGGCGAUGUCGAGCAGAUCGCGAGUUUCGUUCGGGAAUGUACGAGAUUGGAUCCGGUACAGAGUGCUACGGCGAGCGAACUCACGAUUCAUCCGUGGAUGGUGGACGCGUAUAUGGUGGGAUCUACGUAUCCGGUUUUUUGA